UUCCUCAUCCUCAAACCACGGAGAUUUUUAAUUUCCUCUUUUUUUUCCUUGUGGAAUGUGGGAAUAUUUGGAGUUUCUGGGCGCUGCAAUGAGGACGGGAAUGCGGGAGGAGCUGCGGGCUGGAAUUCCGGCUCCGCUGCCUCCUCCCAGCCGGGAGGAUCCUGACUCAUCCCCAAAAAUGUUCCCGGGAAGCUGAGCUGGCACCAGGAAUUUCCUGCUGCUGCCGGCUACAGCCGCUGGAAUUUGCCUCUGGAUGCAGGGGGAGCUGCAGGCAGUGCCAAAAUAUCCCAAAUUUUGGGUGAUUCCAAGAGGGAUGAAGGGACAGCAGCUGGAAUUUGGGUCUGGAUCCAGGUGGAGCUAAAAUAACCCAAAUUUUGGGUGAUUCCGAGAGGGAUAAAGGAACAGGAGCUGGAAUUUGGCUCUGGAUCCAGGUGGAGCUAAAAUAACCCAAAGUUUGGAGAAUUCCGAGGGGGAUGAAGGGACAGGAGGGAUUUGGAACCCGAAUUUCUGGGACUGAGGCUCCAGAACUCCCAGACAGAAGCUGGAAUUUGGAUUUGAAUCCAGGCGGAAAUAAAAUAACCCUAAUUUUGGGUGAUUCUGAGGGAGAUGAAGGAACAGGAGCUGGAAUUUGCCUCUGGAUGCAGGUGGAGUUGUGAGUUUUGCCUAAAAUAACCCAAAUUUUGGGUGAUUCCGAGCGGGAUGAAGGGACAGGAGCUGGAAUUUGGCUCUGGAUCCAGGUUUUGCUAAAAUAACCCAGAUUUUGGGAGAUUCCAAGGAGAUGAAGGAACAGGAGCUGAAUUUUGGAUCUGGAUGCAGGUGGAGUUGUGAGUGUUGCCUAAAAUAACCCAAAUUUUGGAGGAUUAUGAAGGGGAUGAAGGCACAGGAGGGAUUUGGAACCCAAUUUUCUGGGAUUGGAAUUCGUGAACUCCCAGACAGGAGCUGGAAUUUGGCUCUGGAUGCAGGGGGAGCUGCAGGUGUUGCUAAAAUAAUUCAAAUUUUGGGUGAUUCCGAGCGGGAUGAAAGGACAGGAGCUCCAAAAUUGGCUCUGGAUGCAGGUUUUGCCUAAAAUAAUCAAAGUUUGGAAGAUUCUGAGGGGGAUGAAGGGACAGGAGCUGGAAUUUGCCUCUGGAUGCAGGUGGAGCUGCAGGUGGUGCUAAAAUAACCCAAAUUUGGGUGAUUCUGAGGGGAAUGAAGGCACAGGAAUGGUUUGGACCCCAAUUUUCUGCUCCUGGGGCUCUGCUCCAGAGCCGGGCUCAGGCGGUUCCCCCUUUCCCACGGGAAAACCUCCGGAACCUCGGAGAAUUCCCGCGGCUCUCCCUGUGUCUUGGUGACAGCGCCAGGCCUGGAAUUCCACCAUUUCUGCCGGGAAAAACAACCCUCAUUUCCUCCCUUCCCAGGUUUUUUCUGGAAUUCCAGCAUCCCCGGGCAGCUCCCUCCCAAAAAUCCCAAACAAUCCCCAUUUUUCCCCUCGUUAUCUCCCCGCUGAAAAGUGUUGUCUGUCUCUUAGGCCUGGCUCAUGCUCCAUAAUCCCUGAGGCAUUCCCAGAAUCAGAGAUUCCCUCAUGGAAUCCUCUGCUCUCCUCCCAGCCCGGCUGCCGGGGGGCACCACCCGGGAGUCUCCCAGGGCUCUGUUCCUGGCCGGGGGCUCCGUCAUGUCGUGUUUCCCCCAGCUGUGGCACUCGAGCACUCCGGACUCUCCGAGCAGCCCCGAGCCGGCGGCGCCGCCGGUGCCCCUGAGCCCGCUGGUGCUGAACUCGCCGGGGGAGGGCGGCCGGAGAGGCUCCCCGGGCUCGGCCAGCCCCGGCUCGCCCAAGCCGGCCUCCCCGGUGGAGUGCUCCAUCUGCUUCACCAGCUACGACAACGCCUUCAAGACGCCCAAGGUGCUGCAGUGCUCGCACGUGUUCUGCCUGGAGUGCGUGGCGAGGCUGAGCGCGGCGCUGCCCGGCCCGGCCGGGCCCGGGGAGCCGCUGCCGUGCCCGCUGUGCCGCCAGCCCACGGCUCUGCCGGGCCGGGGAGCGCCGGGGCUGCGCACCUGCCGCCCGCUGCUGGCCACGCUGCCCCCCGAGCAGCAGCAGGAGCGCCUGCUCUGGAUGGACGGCACCAAGCUCUGCUGCCGCCGGGCCUCGGACGACGCCGAGAACCCCGAGUCGUGCCUGUCCAUCGACGUGGCCAUGAGCAAGGCGGACAGCGCGGAGCCGCCGCCGCCGGGGCUGGCGGGGAGGCUGUCCCGCUGCGAGCUGUGCGACGAUUGGAAGCGAAUCGUGCUGCUCUCGGCUCUGGUGCUCAUCCUGUUCUGCAUCGUGCUGUGGCCCGUGCAGUGCGCGCUCAAAACCGGCAACCUGCGCUGCUUCAGCCGCCCCGCCAGACCCCAAUUCUUCACCCCCAAAACCACCCCGGCACCGACGGCGGCCACACAGCUCCCGUUCCUCUAGGAACCCCUGGAGCUGCU